AUGAAACUGAGUUAAAAGAGACCCUAGUCUGCUAAAAAGUCUACGACUAAAAAUACUAACAAUAAGAUUUCUAAUGAUCACUAAACGGCAAAUGGCUAUGACACUUAUUCACCUAUAUCCCCUUCUUUUGGAGCUGGAUCAUUUACCUAAAACCCAGGAUAAUCUUCCAUAUAGAAUUAGUACAUCAAUAUAGCCAAUAAAAGACCAUUUUCUGCAAAUAUAACAUCAAAUAAGUCCUAAAACUUGAGAAGUUAAAUGAAAUCACUCUAGGUGCCAGCAUACUCUUCUCAUCUCUCCAAAUCAACUAAAGAUCUAAGCGUAUAUAAUCAGAGAACUGCAAAUCAAAAUUUACUAAUGAAUAAAGAGUUAGAAGUUUGUAGAAAGGAAUUUCUCACAGCUAAUAUAAUGAAACAGCAAGCUGAUAUAAGAAAAAAUGAACUUUAAAGUCGAAUCUCUGAGGAGAGAUAAUUAGUUCAUCAGCUGAAGGAAAUCGUGAAGAGACUUAAUAAAGAGAUCACUAAUUGCUAAUCUGAUAAAGACCGAAUUAGAAACGAAACUAUGGUCUCAGAGAAAAUGAAAUAAUAGUUAAGAGACAAAAUUUUUAAACUUAAGCAAGAAAGUCAACUUUUUUAUAAAAGAGCGUAGAGAAAUAUAUUUACUUAAUGA